AUGUGGGGAGAGCUGCUUGAACUAGAAGCCAACACCACAGAGAGCAGACCUGUUUCAUUUGAACACGUGGAUCCAGCUGUUCUUGAAGCUGGCCCGGAAGAAAAGGAGCGAAUCCGUCACAGAUUUACUGGAGACCAGGGUUACUUCAUCCGGCUCCAGCCACAGAAAAACUGGCACAGACGAAUUAGCAGUACGGACUGGGGUCUCCCUACUACCCUUCAGGCUUGGCGGCAUCACCUUCGACUACCUCGCAUUCUCCCGGCGCUGACAGUCCCGGCUCCGGACCUCAGGGUUGGAAGCAUGCUGGGCUGUUGGAGAGCUCGAGCUGCAAGCCACCGAGCGCGAGCUCGAGCGCGGUGCGCUGGUCGGGGAACCCAAGAGCGCACGGCGCCCCAAGCUGGCAGGCGCCGCGGGACCCCCCACCCUCGCCGGCUGCCCUUCCCCGGGCGCCCCUACCCUCCUCGCCCGCAGGAGACCCUGGGCUUCCCCGGAGGAGCUCACCCCAAGGGGCCAGGACUCCGGCGAGCCCGCCACCGUCCCCUCGAGUGCCGCCGCCACCACCGCAGCCGCGGGAGCAGCAUGGUCCAGCUGGGGAAGCUGCUCCGCGCCCUGACUUUGGUGAAGUUUCCCUGCUGCGUGCUGGAGGUGCUUCUGUGCGCGCUGGCGGCGGCGGCGCGCGGCCAGGAGAUGUACGCCCCGCACUCCAUUCGGAUCGAGGGGGACGUCACCCUCGGGGGGCUGUUCCCGGUGUACGCGAAGGGUCCCAGCGGAGUGCCCUGCGGCGACAUCAAGAGGAAGAACGGGAUCCACGGGCUGGAAGAGAUGCUCUACGCCCUGGACCAGAUCAACAGCGAUCCCAACCUGCUGCCCAACGUGACGCUGGGAGAGCGGAUCCUGGACACUUGUUCCAGGGACACUUAUGCGCUCGAACAGUCGCUCACUUUCGUCCAGGCGCUCAUCCAGAAGGACACCUCCGAAGUGCGCUGCACCAACGGCGAGCCUCCGGUUUUCGUCAAGCCCGAGAAGGUAGUUGGAGUGAUUGGGGCUUCGGGGAGUUCGGUCUCCAUCAUGGUAGCCAACAUCCUGAGGCUUUUCCAGGUUGAUGGGCGCUACGGGAUAAGGAAAAGGAUGUGAAGCUCACUGAAGAGGCUUGGGUUGGAAGUGCUGGAGGAGUGUACAGAGACUCAGCACCUUUCUGUACAGAAAUGGAGACAGGAAGAGGCCAGAGGAUGAAUGACAGGCACGAAUGAGGUGGAACUUUGAAGAGCAACAUGGAAAUGAAAUACUUCUUUUGUAUUUGGUAGGUGGGGAAAAUGUA